AUCCCAUUCAAGUUUUGUGUCGGGAGCAGAGCGCAUCUACAGACUGAGCGAAACACACGCCAGUGUUUCAUUCUCGCGGAUUUACAGUCUUUAGCGGGUUUUCAGGACAACAAAACAAACGGUAUUUUCUACACGAGGAAAGAGAAAUCUGAAGGAAUUCUGUCCUCAUCGCUUUUGAGCGAAGACCCAUUGCUGGGAUUUGUAAAGACCCAGGUAUCAUGGACAGAUUUUAUGACCAGCAAGUACCAUUUAUGGUCCCAUCAAAUCAGAAAUCAUCCCAAGUGGAGGAGCCAUACAACAGAACCAUCAAUGAGAGGAAAAGAAAGUUUGUAGACACCGAACUUGCUCAGGACACAGAAGAACUCUUCCAGGAUCUCAGUCAGCUACAGGAAAUCUGGAUUGCAGAGGCCCAGGUGCCUGAUGAUGAACAGUUUGUUCCAGACUUUCAGCCGGACAGCUUGACAUUUCAUGGCCCUCCUCCAACCAAGAUCAAACGGGAGCUGAGUCCUUCCAAAGAGCUCUCCCCCUGCAGUGAAGACAGGAGUCCAAUGCUGUAUGGAGAGAAGUGCCUUUAUAACUACAGUGCCUAUGAAAGGAAAACCUCCACUGGGUUCAAGCCAUUGACUCCUCCUUCAACGCCUGUGUCUCCAUGCAGUUCUACCACCACUCACCCCAUGCAUGAACAGACGCCUCCUCUUGUCCAUAAUUCUACAUUAAGGCAACACUCCCUGCACGGACAGACUGCUGUUACCAACUCGGCCCUUAGUCAGAGGGCCCUCCCUCUACAUAACCAGACUCCACCUUUUGCAGUGCCAUGUCCACCUCAAAACCACAAUGCCCCCUUUAACAACGAGCACAGGUUUCAGCGCCAGCUCUCAGAACCUUGUUUGCCAUUUCUACCUUCUGAGGCCCAGGCAAAGCCAAGCUACAUUCCCCAGGCAUCAAGCACUUCACCUAGAGAUGGCCGGCCGCCGUAUCAUCGGCAAAUGUCAGAGCCAGUGGUUCCUGUUCGUCCUCAGGGUUUUAAACAGGAGCUGUUGGAUCCUCGCUACACCGAGCAGGGUGUUCCCAACAUGGGCCCACCCCAGGCUGCCUUCCACCCAAUGGCCAUUAAGCAAGAGCCAAGAGACUUUGGUUUUGAUUCUGAAGUGCCUAACUGCCGGUCUUCAUUUGGGAGAGGAGCAAACUUUUACCAAAGCCAAGAAAGUUUUUCUUUUGACAGAGAUCAACACUUGUAUUAUGAUGACACAUGUGUAGUUCCAGAACGACUUGAAGGAAAAGUCAAGCAGGAGCCUUCUGUAUUUCGUGAAGGCCUACCCUACCAACGUCGUGGCUCUCUCCAGCUCUGGCAGUUUCUUGUCACGCUUCUUGAUGACCCUGCCAACGGUCACUUCAUUGCUUGGACAGGGCGUGGCAUGGAGUUUAAGCUUAUUGAGCCGGAAGAGGUGGCUCGACGUUGGGGCAUUCAGAAAAACCGACCAGCCAUGAAUUAUGACAAGCUGAGUCGCUCUCUGCGCUACUACUAUGAGAAAGGCAUCAUGCAGAAGGUUGCUGGUGAAAGGUAUGUCUACAAAUUUGUGUGUGACCCCGAGGCCCUCUUCUCUAUGGCCUUUCCAGACAACCAGAGGCCAAACAUUAAGGCUGAUCCUGAUGGCUUGCCUGUAGUGGAGGAUGAGACAUUACCCAUCACUCACUAUGAUGAAGGAGGUUCUUAUCUGGUAGAUGGAGGAGAGCAGUGCGUCACUGGGAUGCCUUUUCCGGAUGGCUAUGUGUACUGACUCUCGUCCCUAACCCACACCCUGAACUGUUGAGCAGACUGGAGCAUGUCUGUCCCUGCUGCCUCUACUUCUGCCCUGUUGUCCAUUUACAGAUUAGCCCUCCCCCAAAAGUUGCAUUAAAUUAACGGAGAGGUCUGCAAACCAUCAAAUCUCUGGCGUUGGCCCAUGAGAAAGUGUCUGGGAAGUGAGGCAUAUCUGGACUUCUGCAGCUUAACCUACUUUGUGGUUACUUGCUACUUUGUGUCUUGAUGCUGCAGAAAAAUGUAAAAUCAGUGUGCUGAAGGACUGUUGGGUCUCUGUGCAGACUGAAAGAAUUGUAGCAAUUUUGACAAUCUGUUUUUAAAAAAAUUAAAAAAAUGACAAAAUAUUAAGAGGUGCCCUAAAAUAAAAAAAAAAUAUAUAUAUAUGUAUAUCAAAACACAGCACUAUUUAAUAGCUGCCUAUUUGGGUACUAAUAGAUUUGUGUUACCUCAAAAUCAUGUAGACAUCUAUUAGAAGUAAAAAGGGCUUUAUUUUGCAAAUGAAAAAGUCCCGGUUAUUUCUUUCGUUUUGGUUAGACUUGUUUAGAAAGCUGGCUUUUAUACAAUACUUUGGUUUAACUACAUGCAGGACCGCUUCAAUCAUGGAAUUUCUACACAAUAUGUCCUUUUUUUUUUUAUUGUUAAAUUGCUUGUUUUUAGUCAUUGUAAGUGUUGUGGGGUUGUUUUUGUAUCUUUAGUUUGCUCUCUCCCACUGGAUUAUUCAAAGGAUAUUGCUCUAUAAUGACGCUGAAAGAGAGAUACUCUAAGACAUUCGGUCAGAUUACAGUGACUGUUAACCCAUUGUUAAACACGUUUCAUAUGCAUUUGACACUUCCUUAAAAAAUUGGUACAUUAUUUAAAACAAGAAUUUAAUGUUCAAAAAGGAAUGCACUAGACAAACUUUCUUCAAGAGAGUUACAGCCUCUGACUACUUAAAAUGUAUUUAAGGGUCAAUGUUUUUAUCCUGUUUUGUAUUAUCUUUGGCUUAUUUUUCUUUGGCACUCUACAAGUUUUAAAAUGCACCAAGAUGGCAGGACAGCCAGGACAUUGCAUGCAAAAAAGGUGAAAAGAACACCUCCUGGACUCCUUUUCACUGCCAAUAUGAAGUUGAUGAAAGACCACUGCUUUCUUUUUGCAUGGUAGUCAACUGACAAUUGUCCACUAACAUAUCGCUUAAUGCUGGACAAAGAUGAAAUUAAUUUCUCUGCUUUUUUUCUGAGAAAGAUGAACUUAUAUAAAUAUAUAUUUUUGCAACAUCUGCAUUGUUUUGAUUAUAUUGUAUCAGCUGUAUAGUACUGCCUAAAACAUGUUUAAAAUUGGGGAUGCUUGUGCUGCUUUCACUGCAGAUUCAGGGCUCAAUGGACUCCCUUUGUGAUGGUUUAGAGCAAUGGCUUCCAUAAGAGUCCUAAGACAUACAGAGCCAAACUGUGUUAUUGCUUAUCCCAGGUUCUCAACACACAUGCAAUUGGAUUCAUUCAAAUUUUUUUUAUGAUUUUGGUACAAUUGAAGACUGUUUGAGGAAAUACACAGUUAAAGGGAAUUAUGCUUUGGUAUGAAAACUGAUCUAUAUGUAUUAGGCUUACUCACUGAAUGAGCGGUUUAAGUGAUCAUGCCUUGUCACCAGAAGGGAGAGUCUGCAUGUGUAUGCUUCACCUUCUUUCAUCAUAUUGUAUACCUUUUAGUUUAUAAUCUGUUCUGGGUACAAUAAACUGUUCUUUCUGCUUCA